AUGCGCUUUCCUACAAUCCUCGGCGCCCUCGCAGCGGUUGGCUCUGUCAUAGCGGCCCCGUUGGUGUCUGCUCCCAGCUCGCUCCGGAUCGCUGGUGAGGUUAUCACCAACAAGGGCGUACAUUACAGCAUGACAGACCUGAACGAGAUCAAGGCCUUUGACAAUCAGAUCGACAAUGGCAGGUACCCGUACCCAGUCGACUACAAUGUCGAGUCUGGCUUCCACUGCAUCUUCUACCGUGAGGCAACCCGCGGUGUCGGAUCACCCAUCGGCGAGUAUUAUGGCCCCGUGACCGGCAAGUUCGAGGAGUGGAUCGCCUUCUACAAGUGCUUCGUUGUCAAUGGCAAAGAGGUGGCUGCACGCGCUCCCGAGGACGACGACGAGAUGAUUCCCUGCGGCCAAGUUACGACGGCUGCCGGAGACACUCAUGACCUCAACGAGACGACCAAGAAUGCUGGCCAGCACGCUGAAUUCACAGUCAACGGCGAGCGCAUCAAUGAUAGCAGCAAGUCGCUUGGAGAGUUCAGAGGGCCCGCUGACCCGACAUUCUCUUCCGAGAAUGCGGGUAGCUACCUGUGCUGGAUCAAUGUCUUAUCAUAG